ACUGGGAGACAGUUAACCGAAAAGCCUGCUUCACUCCCAAUUUCAAGAGAGAGAAACAACAAGAGAGAGAAACCUCUCAUGGCGGUUUAGUCGAUAAAGCUACCAAUUUCUUCAAUUUUGGGCUCUCUCUUCUCUGUACUCUUCCGUUUUGUUUCUCCUCAAUUUCCCCCCAUAAAACCCACCCAAAUUCAAACAAAUUCUUCCAUUAAUUCGCCCAAAAAACACUCCAAGAUGAUGCAGAUGGACCGGAAACCGGUUCUUGAAGAGUAUGAGAAGCUUAUUGUUCGUAUGAAUACCCCUAGGGUGAUGAUUGAUAAUGCUGGCUGUGUUGAUGCAACACGGAUCAUGAUUGAUAGUGCGAGGAAUGAUGGAAUUCUACUUGAGGCUGUUCAAGUUCUUACUGAUCUGAAUUUGUCUAUUAAAAAGGGUUAUGUUUCCUCAGAUGGAAGAUGGAACAUGGAUGUUUUCCAUGUCACCAAUUUGGAUGGCAACAAAUUAACAGAUGAUAGCAUCAUCAAUUGCAUUGAACAGUCACUUGGAACCAUACACAGAACAAGAUCAAAGUCCAUUGAUGGAAUGACAACACUUGAACUAACCGGAACUGACAGAGUCGGACUUUUAUCCGAAAUUUUCGCGGUUUUAUCCGAACUCAAUUGUGACGUUGUUGAGUCAAAAGUAUGGACACACAACGGCCGAAUCGCAGCCAUAAUUCACUUGAAAGAUUGUGACUCCGGAUCCCCAAUCGAAGAUGCUAAAAAGAUCGACCGAAUUGAAGCGCGGUUAAGAAACGUCUUGAAAGGGGAUAAUGACAUAAGAAGUGCCAAAACUUCGGUUUCGCUAGCUGUCACUCACACGGAAAGACGGCUUCACCAGAUGAUGUUUGCUGAUCGGGAUUACGAUAGAACUCCGAUUGUAACGACUCAUGGUCGAUACUCACCGUUGGUUUCUGUUCAAAAUUGUUCGGAAAAAGCGUACUCUGUAGUGAAUGUUCAGUGUAGAGAUCGGCCUAAGCUUUUAUUCGACGUUGUUUGCACGUUAACCGAUAUGCAAUAUGUCGUAUUUCACGCAACCAUCAAUACCGGAGAAGAUGGAGCAUAUCUGGAAUUCUAUAUCAGACAUAUAGAUGGAAGCCCGAUUAGUUCAGAAGCCGAAAAGCAACGAGUGAUCAUGUGUUUAAAAGCCGCGAUUGAAAGAAGGGCACCCGAGGGUGUGCGUCUCGAGCUAUUCAAACCCGACAAACCCGGGCUGUUGGCCCAAGUGACACGAACGUUUAGAGAAAACGCGAUGAACGUAACACAGGCCGAGAUAUCUACAACAAUGGGUAUGGCUCUAAACAUUUUCUAUGUAACGGACGCGAUUGGAAACCCGGUGGAUUUAAAACUCGUAGAUUCGGUUAUGCAAGAGAUCGGGUCGGGUUAUUUAAGAGUGAAGGAGCUACCUUUGAUGUAUCAUCAGAAGACAGAUAGUGAUGAACAAAACACAAGUAGUCUUGGUGGUGCUGUUUUGUUUUCACUUGGUAGCUUGCUAAGGAGGAAUCUAUACAAUUUGGGGUUGAUCAAAUCAUUUUCUUGAAGUAUGCAUCAAAGGGUUGUACUUUGUGCAUUAAGGGUUGGAUUAUCUUGAUGCAUUAAGAAAGGGGUUUGGUUUAUUGUUUUGUAUAUAUAUAAAAAAUAGAAGGAAAGUGGUUGAGAUAGUUGGUUUGGUGGAUACACAAUAGGGUUUUGAUGGUAAAUAUGGACUAUUGGAUGUUUAUUUAGAUAUAUUGAUGUUAAAUAUAAAUUGAUAUCUA